AUGGGCUCACUCGGCGCGGAUCUAGGUCAAAAUGACCAACCUUCGAAGGUCACUUUCGACCACCUUGGCAAGGACAUUUCGUUCGUCCUUCACAAUCUACCCGACGUGCCGUCGCCCCCUCAAGUGAUCGGCCUCUGCACGGUCCCUGCGGACGUCGCCGCCGAUGACGGUCUGGGAUAUAUGAUCGCCGAUUUCCUGGCAUGGAAAUACAUGCUGAGCAGGGAGGGAGCCCGAGACGCCCAAAUCUGGCUGUCUGCCUUGGACCUGGCCCAGCUCGAAGCAGACGGCAAGAUCCCGCCUCAUACUAUCACGGCCAAGAAAGACGGUAGCCGCGUCGGCUCCGAUGUUUCAUCCUUGGCCACCGAGGACCCUGAGCUCCUGAAGACCUUCGACAACGCAAGCAGCCUGCGUGAUGCAUUCAUCGAACAACUCAAGGCACGAGCAACCACCAAUACAAAGACCUUGCUCGUCUUCGUCUGCGGUGAGACGACCCCAGACCAGUCCAUCUGCUUCGAUGGAAACACCUUCAUGAACAAGCACGAGAUCCUCGAACAUUGUUCCUCGGAUACCCUCGUUAUUCUCGUCUCGGCAGCUUCCUUCAGUGGAGGCUACCAGGUCUCAUACCUGAACGCGCCCAAGGCAAUGUUCUCGCAGGCGCACGUCAUCAAGCUGGUGGCUAGACGCUGUGGUGGCGCCCUCGCGAGCAAGCUUACCCAGCUUCUGACAAGCCGCGAUAGCCCUCUCCUCAAGGAUGAUGAGCGUAACCGUCUUGUUUUUGACGACCUCUCGCUCAUCACGAACUCAAGCCCAGAACGGUGGGCCAAUUAUCAACGCUUCCAUGCGCUCAUCCAAGCAUCGCUGUCCAGCCAGAUGGCACUGCUUCCCAAAGACCACGGUUUCUACUGGAGCGACGAUGUAGAUGAGUGGCCCCUGGAGAAGCGGGUUGGUCCGCCCCUGAAGGUCUGGAGCUCGAAAUGGACUGGACGAGCUAUUUCUCCCACGAGUGCCCAGGGUGAUGAAUUUGAUUUCCUCGGAAUGGCGUUCGGCGGAACCAAGUUGACUCAAAUCCUACACUUGAAGUUCCUCUCCAUGUUGGAGCUCAAGACUUGCCCCGGCGACUGGAACCUGCCGUCAAACGCCGCCACUCUCAAGCUCCUGAACUCGUUCCUUCAGGCACGAGACAUUGGGGAGGCAAAGUGCCGGGAGAUCUUUGUCGUCCUGCAGUUUCGGGCCUCGGCUAUGGCCUUGGCUGAUGUUAUGAUUGAGGUCCUGGGCCUUUCAAAGCCCGGAGGCCAGUCUUGCCGAGAGUGGGAUUUCGCCGCCGACCGGGAGAUAGUCAAGGAUAAUCCGCUCAAAGGCAAGGCACAGAUGCUUGCCUUCAAGAUGAUCUCUCACGAUCUUUUCCAAAUGCCGCCUGUUGAGCCAGGCUUGUAUUACGACAAGAUCCACGGCUUCAAAUUCUGGCGGCCUGCCUUCUACCUUGCGAGCGCCAUCGCUCAGCAGUUCUUGAGCGGCGGCAAGGACAUUUUUGCCAUCGAGCACUUCAUCAAGUCUGAUGUACAAAAGGCUUUCGACACGGUCUGGAAAGCCCAGCUCUCGCAACUCUUGCAGCUUGGCGCGAUUGUCAAGACUGGACGGGAGUGGAUUGAGUCUCUGAAUCUUGACGAUGCUAUCCCGAGACCUCCGACCGAGCAGGACGCGGCCACUCGUCGUCCUACAGGUAUUGAGGGCUCACAGCACGCCCCUGGCCGUCUCCCUCCUACGUACGCCCCGUACUUUGGCAUGGUCGUCCAGAAAGGUCUCGAGAAGCAGUACUCAGGCUCCACAGGACUCAAUGUGGCUGCCUCCACGUUUUCGCCCCAGGCUCCUGUGAUCAAGGCCGAGCCCGAGCAGGAUGCCAUUGCCGCUGCAAAUGGUGCUGGAGAGUCAAGCUCUAAUGCCAUCCCGACCAAGAUGGAACCCCAGCCGUCUGCGGCUGGUACUCAGAAGCAAGCUGAGACCGAAGAAGCGCGAAUUGAGCGACUUGUUCAGGAGCGACUUGCCCUGGCACUUGCGAAGUACAACCACAUCCAAACUCAGGAGGCUCUGGCCAAGGAGAAGCUUGAGAAAGAGAACCUUGAGAAGCAGCGUCUCGUCCAAGAGAAGAUCGCUCGUGAGAAGAGGGAGCAAGAGAAACUCAAUGAGGAGAAACUCACCCAAGAGAAGCUUUUGCAAGAGAAGCUUGAGCUCCAGGAGCUCAAGCGUCAGGAGCGCGAGCAGGCACGCCUCGAAAAGGAGCGUCUCGAGAAAGAGCAGCGUGAGAAGGAGCGCCUCGAGGAGGAGCGCCUUGAGAAGGAGCGUCUCGAGAAGGAACGCCUCGAGAAAGAGCGCCUCGAGAAAGAACGCCUCGAGAAGGAGAGGCUUGCAGCCGAGGAAGAGGCUCGCAAGCAAAAGAUUGCUGAGGACGAAAUGGUCCAGCAAAUUCUGGCCAAAUUUGGCUCCCAAGGCCGACUUGAGCAGCUCAUCAAGAAGCUCAGCAGCUCCGAGCCUACCCAGGAGGCACCCGCGGCUGCUAUGGCUGCAGGAACUUCUUCUUCUGCCGUUCCGGAGCCUGCCGAUGCUGAUCCUGACAAAGCCAAUACUGAUGCACGAGAGGCUUGGCGGACCAAGGUCAAGGAGCGCGAUCCUGCGCUGGACAAGGAGCGAAAGGAGCGUGCUCGUGCUGCCGAGGCCACGAUUGCUCCUCUUCCCAAGGAGACGUGCAUCAUUCGCCCCAUGUCCUACGAGAAGCGGCCUGAAGGUGAAAACCAACCUCCUCCCUCGCCGGCCACAGGCGCACGAGUCCCAGGACGCGCCUCUCAGCAGACUGAGGCCACUUCUUCCAUAGUUGACUCGGUUGCAAAGCCUGAGGAGGCUCCGCGUCGCUACAAGCCACAUCAGACCCUCUGGUAG